CCCUCUGUAUAAUUUCAUUGUUCAUCCCUGAUAUGGCAGCUGGUCAUCUGUUUUUGGUCAUCGUCCUUCUAUAUACCUUUCAAUACAUCAAAGCCCAAGUUCAGAAACCAGUGAUUACUACCAGUCGUAAUGAGGAGGAUUUCAUCAUCACCUGUUUGAUUCCUGGACCUGCUGGUAACGACACCAACUGUAACCUGUAUGUUGGAGAGAAGAAUAAGCCAUUCUUGAAAACACGGAUAUGGAAAAAGAAAUCCCGAAAAGCCAAACAAUGGUACUGUACAUUCUCUGUGACCGAAGACGAUCUGAUCAGACAUCUACAGUCAGUGAGGAGUAAGGAGGUGAGCUGUGACUACAGAGUGAGCUUAGGACCAAACUCUCUCUCUCCACGUAGUGAUGGGUACAGCUUUACAGAUCUGGUGGAAGUUCACAUCAGUGAUCCAACAACUAUUACAGCAGGAUUGACCUCUCCUUUGACCCCCAGCACAGCAGUGAAUCCUACAUCAGGUUGGACUGUUCGUUCUACUUUGACCACUGACACUGCAAAGAUUUCAACUGAAGGAGGUCAAAGCUACACAGAAAGUGAGUUUUUUUCAAACAGUCAAGAAAGCGUUACAGCAUGUUCAACUGUUGCUUCUACUUUGACCCCUGACAUCACAGUGAGACCAACUACCAGUUUGACCUCUCCUUUGACCCCCAGCACAGCAGUGACUCCUACAUCAGGUUCGACUGUUCGUUCAACUUUGACUACUGACACCACACUGAGUCCAACUGAAGCGGGGCAGGUUUGGCAGGGAGCAGUGGGUGUGGUUUCUGGAGUGGGCGUGUUCCUGGUGGGACUGACCGCUUUCUGUCUCUGCAGGAGCACCAAGAAAAAACAUUCUCAGAGACCUACAGCCAGACAGGAUGAUGACAACCAAUAUGAUUUGGUGUUGGGAGCCAUGAGUAGUGCAGCCAUGGUGGAUUCUGGGGAUGCUGGGAUAUACAGUCUGAUCACCUCUGUACCGUCCACGUUUUUGCCCUCAGGUCCUGUGCAGGUAUCUGCACAUGAAGAUGUCGAUUCAGGGAUUGCAGGGAUCUAUAGCCUGAUCACUGCACCACGCACAUCUACACCUUCAGGCCCUAUUGAAGAGAAUGGACAGUCAUUUGAAAACUACACAACCGAUACGUACCACAUAUACUGCUCAAUCCCUGACAAACUAGCAAACUCAGCCUAGCCGGAUGGGUUGUACAGUCUUCUACAGGCACACUGAAACUACACCACUGGCUGUCUGUAGCUAUGUCUCACACAAAUACCCUCUUUGUCCCAUAAUGUGCUUUGUUUAUUACAUAUCAAGUUACUGAGCAUGCGUAUCCAUAACAUCUGUUACUGUGUUAGUAGUUUUAUUUUGGAGGGGUCUGGUGGCAUACUCCUGAGUAUUUUUCUGAUUUUGUUCUCGUAGUAAACACAAAAUCUACUGUGUAUUUAUUCUUUCAGCUGUGUCAUUCCAUAACGGUCAGAUCAAAAUCAACAAAUACGGACAUUUCAAAAUGAUAUCAAUAAAUGUAUAGCAUAUUAACACAAUGCUACCAUGCAACAACGCAAAUAGUAAAUUAAGCAACAUUCAUUGAAAUUAAGAUCAAAAGAGUAGUAUCUUAAAGAAAAAUAACACAAAUUCACCAAUAUACAACAAUAUUAAAUUUUCCUUUGUGAAAUGAAUCUUGCCUCUAACAUUAAAAUAUGCUUAUUAGCUAGAUGCUAGAUGCAUCAAAAAAGCUUGGGAAAAGUCUGAAAAUGUAAUAGACUUUUCCUCUUUUUGCAAAGACAAACCCCAAACCUUUCUUAUAGCAGGAGUAUUCAUAUUUAUAUUGCCCAUACAUGUUGCUUCAUGCUACAAAAUAUAUUUAAACUUUAAAAUGUUUACGUUGUUGGCAACAGAUCGUAAAAAUGGAAAAUAUAGAUUUCUUAAAUGCUACUCAAAUAUCCCCAUCUGCCCACAUUUACCUGUUAUUUAAUUUCCCAGUUUAAAUUAAACUUAUUCAGCCUCCCCUUCAAUGUGCAGUGUUGUAGACACAUUCUUGCUUUUUAGUUCAAUGACCUCUGAGCAGUUAAGAUGUAAAUGGUGUGGAUGCCAUAACUUUGAUGACAAUUUAUUUUCAAACUAAAAUGGGAAGGGGGAUUAGCGCCAUUCGAUCAUUCUGAUCUUGCCAGUUURCAUUCUGUUUCGCUGCACACGAGAGCUCAGCGGUCAGGAUGGUGGAUCAGAUAAGGAGGAGGGGGGUGGCUUUUAGGAAAAAGGGGUGGCUCCCCCUCUUUUAUAAGCCCCUCUAUAAAACCCUUGAGGUACAGUAAAUACAACGUCCUAUGCUUUUUUUGCUCUGUAUGAAAUKCUCUCUUCUGUAAAAAGAAAAACCAAGCAGAAUAAAUGGACUUCAACCUU